UGAUGAAAAUGGUGGUAUCAAAACAAAAUGGAACUUGACGUAGCAGAGAAUCCAGGCAGAUUCUUUUCUGCUCUCGCCAGAGAACUGAAAUCGUUAGCUCUUAGCAACGUGCAGUAUUUUCAAAAUGGCAAACAGAGCUAUCAUGCGAAAUUCCAUGUGUCAUUCAAAUUACUGUAUGAAUAUCUGGACGUUGGCAUUGAGCCCAGUUACAGGGAACUGUCAAAACAUUUGCAUUUGUACGACUUCUCUUCGUCAGUGAAAGGAAAUGGUUAUCGCAGUCUGUUAAGAAUCGUUCAGAAAUGCUGCUUACAUUUAUUACAAUUGUCGAGGUACAUAUCAUCUGUACGGGACUCCAUUCUGUUUCGGAAAAAGUUUUAUGCUAAAGAACUUGAAUGCUAUGUCUCUGCACUUGGACAACUGCGGGCAGUGCUCUAUUAUGCGCUGAAGCUGGUCAACUAUUGCCAGGAUGGAGAUCUUUUUGCUGAUGAAUCGAAGCUAAACUCGGAAAUUGCCGAGUCUUUGAUGAUGGAGGUUGAGGGUCUGAGCCAGGAAUGUUUCUUCGGCAGAUGUCUUGGGUUUCAGUUUUGUGACUCGAUGUACCGGCCGGUGCAAGCCUUGGCUAUCGCAAUGGCAUCCUACUCGGAGGGUUACUUGGAAUCUUCUCAGAUGAUGCAAGUGGCCUCGUCUGUGUUCAAUUCGGGGAAAUAUUUCCUCGACCCCGACUUGAGAGCACAACAGGUGGUGAAAGUGACGAGAACCGCAGACAUUCGUUUUUGCAAGGCUUUCUGGGGAUUCUCAGAGUCGGGUCUCAUGCAUCAACUGCCGUCAUUUGUGUGUCCAUCGGUAGAGGUCAACGACAUCAUCAAUUUAGGUCCAGACGCUUUUGAGCUGCCCCUGAUGGAUGGGUCAGACACAGUGGUCAUCACGCCUCCCUGUGCCCACACUGGGCCUGGGCAUGUGAGGGUCAGGCUCAUCUCAGCUCAGUUGUUGGAGGGUCAGCAAGCUCUCAAGAAAGACGUGAAGUCAAAAAAUGCUGCGGAGCCAAAGCCGCGCACCUCCAGUCUGGUGAUACAUAUACACGGAGGAGGCUUUGUGGCACAGUCAUCCAAGUCACAUGAGGUCUACCUGCGGCACUGGGCGGUCAGUCUAGGAACACCCAUCCUGUCCAUCGACUACUCUCUCGCCCCGGAACUGCCAUUCCCACGAGCCCUGGAGGAUUGCUUCUAUGCCUACGCCUGGGCCGUCCGCGAGUGCUUGCAGCUAGGUUCCACUGGAGAGAAAAUUAUCUUAGUCGGAGACAGUGCUGGCGGGAACCUGGCUAUCUCAACGGCGAUGAGAGCGGCGUCGUUCGGGAUACGUCGGCCCGACGGUAUUGUGGCGGCGUACCCAUGUACGCUGAUCAAGUACACGCCAUCUCCGGCUCGCCUCAUCAGUCUGUUGGACCCCAUCCUUCCUUUGGGGCUUGUCUCCCGCUGUUUGGCAGCGUAUGCUGGUAUCAAUGAGAGACACCCUCUAGCCACCCCCAUGCUUGACGAUGUUCACUCAGAGCAGAGCCUGUCCAGCAUUCAGAUCAAAUCGUACGAGACGUCCAACAAAGAUGAUUGGAUCAUCGUGGCGGAGGAUGAGGAGGAAGCUGAUGUGAUCAGGACUCGAACUGCUGCCGCUCACUUGUCCCCCGUGGAAGCUAGCGGGAGUAAAAGCGUCAUCGACUCUCUGGAAGAUUCGUUCAGCGGAGAGAGCGCCUCAUCCUCGUCCCGACCGUCUUUGGCCAGUCGUGGAAGAAGCGACACAGCUGAAUCGGAAGAAAUUGAGAUUUUCUCUCGCCUCCAACAGGACGGCAGUUGCGACUUGGGGACAGAGCCCAAGAAAGUUUCCCCCAGUCAACCGAUUCCUAGCAAACGUAUGGGUGUGGGGAAAACUGUGGAAGUGGAAGCUGAGGGUGCGGCCUCCAGUUCAUCUCCGUCUAAUUUCAGCCUGUUUCAGGAGACGGCGAAGAACGUGGUGGAGGGUGCACAGACGAUGUUUAGCAGUCUGUCGUCAUACAUGCCUUCGUCAGAAGACCUGAAGACGCGCGGUGUUAUGAAGCCUCUGGCUUCACUCCUUCCCUCCUCUUCCACUUCCUCCCCGACGGUGGCCAAUGGCAAAGUGGAGUCUGUUGAUCUCGACGUUAAGUCAGAUUCGGUGGACAUGAUCCCAUUAGAAGAUUUGUCAGCUUCUGGCAGGCCGCGUGAAGGUGGGACAGCGACAGUUGGAGGAAGGAAGGAGGAGGGGGAGGAAAAAGGUAUGAGGGCAAUGGAGGAAGAAGAAGACCUGACUCUGAGGACAGGAGACCGCUCACAAGUGUCUGUGUCUCUUCAGGGAUCAUCAUCAGGACUAUCGGAACCCCUAGCCCUAUCUCAAGAACAUGAAGGUUCAAACCAUGUCUUUCAAAUGGUUAGUGAUGAGGGUGAAGGUCAGAGAAUAGACAAUAAUGGCUGUGGCUCCUCUGUCGUGCCAGAUGUGAACAGAGAAGGGCUUGCCCCUGAGGCUGAGGUAGUUUCAAUGGAGGAGGAUUUGAACCUUAACCGGGCUGGGGACGACUUUUCUUCUCACAGUCACGGCUCAACAAAGGUUGAAGUUCAAGACAAUGCUAACAAUCUUUCUCCCGACUCUGAGAUUGUGUUUGAAGACUUUUCCUCUUCCACCUCCUCUCUCCCUACCUUCUCCUCUCAGGCUUUCAACACGGCCCCCUCCUCCCCCAGCCACCAACACCGGGACCAGGGGUUAUUGCUGUUUGACAAAAUGGAGUCGGUUUCUCUCACCAGUGAGUCGUCUUCGCAUCACACAGCGUUAAUUGAUGGGGAGAAACCAUCGAUUGGAAUCUCACCCUUAGCCGAACUUGUACCCAAUGGUAAUGUCUUGUUGGGCUCGGGUCAUGGACAGAUGAGAAAGGAGGAGAGCGAGAGUAGCCUUCAUGGAUUAGAAGAUUUUGAUCAUGUCUCUCAGGAAGACCCUCAGUGUGGUGGGCCGUAUGCAUUAGCCGACGAAAUGUUGAGUGGCUCCGGCGCCAACCAUGUGGCAUCAGUUGGGGACAAAGAUUUGAGCUGUGAGCUUCUGUGUUCUAUUCCAAGUGCCAGCGAUUCAUUAAGUGACAUCACCUCUUCGGAGCAGGGCGUCGCAAACUCAUCGUCCCCGAAACAAAACGUUCUGCUUUUCUCGCAGACGGAGCUCAACAACUGUGCCGUGUCCCCCACAGCGUUGCCAUGUUUGCCGGCCGAGAGCCAGGAUCUUCUGGCUGAUGCAUUACAAACGCUGGAGUCUCCUCCACUCACGUCAGUCGCAUGUCAGAACACCGGAAAUAUCUUCGAUGUUAUCCAAACGCAGGAAACGGAGGAGGGUUCUGAGAAUCUCAUAAACUGUACAGAAAACGGAGACGAGGAGAUACCUGAUAGUAACACUGGCCACGAACUUGUUCCGAAGGGGUCUUUGUCUUCUGCUGUCGACGGCCCAGAGCAAUUACCUCCCGCCACCACAGCUCCAAAACCUCCCACGAGCCUCAGCUUGAAGAAAACGACGGCUCCCCAACCUGCCAACACCGAUGACCCCCUGACCUCAUCGAGUCAAGUCUUUGGCGCUGACACCUCGGAGCCGUUUGAAUCGGUGGAUCCCGACACAUUCUUUGACGACUCCCGCUUGGAGGUACAGUUUAUCCCCCCAGCGUCCACCUCCGAUGGCCAGUUCCCGUCCACCUCCAGGAGCGACUCGUUCUUCCGCAGCGAGUCGGCGCCGGCCCUGUCGGCCAUGCUCAGCCCGCUCCCACAACAAGGCACGUCGCCCACAGCCUCCAGCAGGCUCCACAAUGGUUUGAAGACUGGCAUGUCGCCAUCGGACUUCAAGCGUCAGAGCUUCACGGUGCAGAGCCCCCUGCACGUGCUGCGCCGCGCCCCGGUGGUGGAGAACCCGUACAUGUCUCCUCUGCUGGCCUCCGACGAGCUGCUCACAGGGCUGCCCCGAGUCUGCAUCGUGGGCUGUCACCUUGACCCUCUGCUGGACGACUCCAUCAUGUUUGCUCGACGACUGCGGCAGUGUGAUGUCCCUGUUGACCUUUACCUUGUGGAUGACCUACCUCACGGCUUUCUCAACUUCGCCCUUCUCAGCAGCGAGGCAAAACAGGCCUCCGACUUAUGCUGUCGCAAAAUAUCGGAGAUGUUGUAGCACUGGACUCGAAUAGCCUGGAACUCUGUGGAAAAGAAAAAUGUUUUAUCCCCUUGCAUUUAACAAAGCUGUUGUUAAAUUUUGCAUUUAGAUGUGGGUUUUUUUUCUUUGUGCAGACGUAUGAGGAGAGUCUUUCAGCAUUGUGAACUUCUGUCUUUCAUUCUUAUUCUUCUUUUUGUUUCUGUCUUCUUGCUUUUUGGGAUGGUUAGAAUGUACUACUGGUAUGUACUAUACACUGGUAUGUGGCAUCGGUGCCUUGUGGUUAGGCCAACGGACUGGUAAUCAUGAGGUUGCCAGUUCAGGAGUUCGAGCCGCAGCCCUGACGUUGUGUCCUUGGGAAAGGUACUUUACACAAAUUUUCCUCACUUCACCCAGGUGGGAAUGGGUACCCGGC